AGCAAUUUUCAAUCCACAGACUCAAAUCGCCUCAGAGUUUUGGAAUUUUACUUUCAACAGUACUACUCUCUCUCUCUCUUUCUCGAUAAUGACUCAAGUUGAUUUGGAAUCACUAGUUCCUACCAAUUCCGGUGGAAGUAAUGACCGGAAAAUUGUAUGUGAAACUCUGGCGAAAGCCGCCGGCGUCAAAAAUGAUAUUCCGGACGACGAAAAGGAACUUCCGCCGGAUUUCCCGCCGGAAUCAUUCUGCCUUUCAAAAGAUGCCGAACUCGAUUGGUUUGAUAGAAAUGCCUUUCUAGAGCGUAAGGAAUCUGCGAAAGGUAACAGUUCACACGGAACGAAUGUGACUCCAAAUUUGCAUCCGAGUUUGAAUUCGAGCUCACAACGACUUCCAUUGACAUUGAAAACUAAAACUACUUUUUUCGGAUUACCGAAGAGUAGCUCCGUUGAUUCGAAGCGGAAAACAUGUAAACCAGUGAAUAUACGUUUUUUCCCGACGAAACGGUCUGAAUCGGCAUUGAAAGCGGUUUCCGCUCCUGAACCGGUGUCACCGAAGGUAUCGUGUAUGGGAAGAGUGAGAUCGAAGAAAGGUCGCCGGAAAUCAUGUGAAGCAGCACAAAAAUGUGAAAUAUCACUCGAGAGAUCAAAAAGCAGCAGAGCACCUAAACGUAAAAUCGGAUUUUAUGCACGAGUACUUUCAAUGUUCGGGUUCGGUCGGCGUCACAUUAAACCGGUGAAGGCUAGUAUUGAGAGAACGCAUGAUUCCAUACCAGAAGAGCUAGAGCCAGUUCCGCCGAGAAAUAGCAACGCUUUGGUAGUCGAAAAGGUUCGUAAAGUUCCGGUGAGUGUUGAACCGGUUUCGGUUUCCGAUUCAAGCGGUUUAGGAGGGAUGAUGCGGUUCACAUCAGGCCGGAGAUCGGAAUCCUGGGCCGCCGAUGAGAUCGAUGCAGUGCUUUCAGAGUUGGGUACAGAUCGGAAAGUGGGUCCCAAUGGAAGAAAUUGAAUUCCAGUCAAGGAGCGCGCGUAAGGUCAUUAAUCGGACGUGGCAGUAAAAUUUACUACAUUUUUACUUUUUUUUUUUAAUCUUGUUCUCAACUAACAAUUUCUUAGUUGAGGUUAAAAUCGCAUGAAAACUUUUAUUUUCAAUUUUUGUUGGUUCAACUAGUUAUGCCAGAAUUAUAAUGUAAAUUCUUUUUUUGAAUAAAGUGGAUAGUAUGAUGAAUGU